AUGAACAGUAGCAAUGUCAUCAUCCUCCUAUCGGCCACCUUUCCCGCCCUUGCCAUAUCUUCCUUCCUCUUCUCUUUAGCAACAUACUUCCGGACCCCCGAAGCACACCCGGAGACUCAAGAUCGAGUGGAUAACCUCGAAGAUCUUGAGGAUAUUGUGCCAUCGCUCGUUGAAGAAGUCAGAGCUUUGAGAAGAAUGGUCGAUCGGGAAAGGCAGAGAACGAGAAGGCUAGAGAACGAAGUAAGAGAUUUGGGAAGGCGACAGCAAGAAUGCGAAGAGAUAGCAGAUGAGGCUGGCGAUGAAGCAGAAAUGGAGGAUGAUGGAGACCGCGAAGUGCAGAAGCGUCAAGAGGGGGAAACACCUGUACGAAAGCCGUUCGAUGUCGACGAGUUUCUGGAAGAGCAGCGGGCCAGAGAGCUGGCUUGCCGUAUGAUACAACGGUCGAUGAUAAACAGAACUCGUUGCUCCGGUGUAUAUCCCAACGACAGCAUUCUCGAUGAGCCGCUCCAUGUUUCAGAGGUGUAUGGUAUACGGGGCGGAGAAGUCACUUCACUGGACGAUGAGGAAGCACUGGAAGCAGCUGCGGCCAGUGCUUUACCACCCAGCCCGGAAGAAGGUUCAACGUCAUCGAGAGACGAACCGCGCACACUUACACAAGCCGUACGCACCGGUGGAAACGUAGAGACUCGCGCUAGAAUGCUAGUUGAGGAAGACAUGCCUACGCUCUUGACGAAUGACGACAGCGCUACUCCCACAACGAAUGGACAUCCUCAAAUACCUCAUCUUGAUACUACCAACUACGACAUCAUUACCAUCACAACCUCCCCCAUACGUCAGAGAUUGAAUAACCUCUACCCCUCCCCACGCGGCCCCCGUCCCACAAGGAUAGUCAUUCGAAAUGAUCCUGGAGGCUUGUGGCGCCGGACCAUCUUAACGGAUGUUCUGACUGGUAUAACGCCACAACUAGGACUGAGAACCAUGCGCACUAUCAUCGAGGAAUACGAAAGAUCGUUCUUGGAUAAUGCUUCGAGGCGUGAAGCAACGACGAAUGGACAUGUUCGGCAUGUCGCACCCAGAGAUGGUUGGUAUGAAAUUGAGCCGACUCGUUUAACGACCAACAUGCCCAGUGGAGAAAGACAUGCUCAUCAGCCCAACGGCUACACUAACGGCUAUACUCAUACUCCCUCAACCAAUGGCAACAUCCAGUACCCUUCACUCCCAAACGGUCAUGUAAACAACCACCUUCCUUCCAAUGACAAUCGUUUCUAUGGCUACAUCUACGAACCUACAAAUGACGGCUCUAAUGAAGAGGACUACGCCGACGCACGAGAAAUCAUUCGGCCACUCUUGGUUGUCCUGUAUGGUUUGAGACCUUCCAUCGGCUCCAGGGUCAUCAGGGAUAUCAUGGUUAGAUACACCAUAGCGAUGGGUUUGGGUUACACCGACCCGAACAAUCACCGUCGUACGUUGUUGACUACGGCGGCUGUUCACCUUGAGGCUGUAAACGGGUUUGUCGAUCACGAAGGCGUGGAAGAUCUGAGUGAAGAUGUGUGGAUUCGUGAGCCUAACAGCGAAUAUCACAAUGGUGAUAGUCGCGGGAGCGGAAGAAGCACCAACUACAACAGAAACGGGACUACAAACACCUUCCACAUCAACGCCGGCAUCGUAACGCCAAACAACACCAGUGCCAAUGGCGCUCCCCUCAGAAACGGUCGAACCCACACCUCUAACGCUUACACUCAAACCCCAUCCCCAGAGCGAGUUACCGCAGACCCAGAUGACAUCCGACCGCGUCCCCGCCUCUCCACCUCCGAACUGAACGAAGCGAUUGGGGACUGGGGCUCCGUAUCAUACACCCUCGACGGCCCUAUUCUACGCCUCCGCGCGAUCCGCGCCGAAGGUGGAAUAGACCAGGAGCUCCAUCUCCGUCCGCAUCAAGCAACGGAGGCUAGAACAAAUGGGUACGCAACAGCGAUACAGAUUAUCCCCCCAAGUGUUUAUGUUGGAAAUGGUACGAGAAGUUCAUCAGAGUCUUCAACGCGCUCUUCUCGGAGCGCAUCCUUAAGCGGAACCACGCUCGUCAACUCCGCCGUCGGAAGUACAAACGGCGACACUGUGCCCACUUCCAACCCGCCUACAAACGGUGAGCUAUCAGAGAGCGUGGAGCUCCACCGUAACGGCGCUUACGAAACCCCUACUGCAACGCUCAGGCGGCGUCGCGAUGCGAGGGAUGUGAGGAGAGCCGCUAGAGAUAAUUUGCUGGUGGAGAGGGGAGUUGUGGAAGAGGAAAGCGCGGGGAGUAGCGAAGGGGGUAGCGAAGAUAGCAUGGAUGCGGAGAUCGCGGAAGUGGAGGAGAUGUGGCGGGAGAUUCGUAGACAGAGGGGGACUAUGGAGGAGGAGAUGAUGAGGCAUGUGGCGGCGAGGGAGCGUGCGGCUCAGGUUCAGCAGACGAAUGGUGCGGGAACGAAUGGUGUGGAAAGUGAAGGGGGUGAUGAGGCUUCUGAAGGUUCUGGGUCUGAGGCGAGGGAAAGGAGGCUUGAUGGCGAGUAA